AUGGAUCCAUCAGAAAAUCCUUUUGAUCUUGCAGCAUAUAUUCAAAAUAGUCAAAUUGAAGAAGCUUAUAUACUCAACCGAUUUAGAGAGCGUCGAAGAAAAAUAUUGGAAGAUACUGCACCUCGUAGUAGAAAAUAUCUCGGUAGAGAUCAUGCAGCGGCAAACCAGAGGCUAAUUGACGACUACUUUGCCAAUGAGCCUACAUAUGACGAUGCAAUGUUUCGUCGUCGGUACCGGAUGCAAAAACAAUUUUUCCUUCGAAUCGUUGGGGACCUUUCAAGCAGUGAUAACUACUUCACCCAACGAGUUGAUGCAGCCAAUAAAGAAGCAGAUGCGGUCGAUGAGUACAUCAAAAUUGGAGGUACUACAACAUUGGAGUGUUUACGUAGAUUCUGUAAAGGAAUCAUACGAUUGUAUGAGCAACAGUACCUGAGAGCACCAACCCAAGAUGACCUGCAAAGAAUACUACAUGUUAGUGACAUGCGGGGGUUCCCAAGCAUGAUCGGGAGUAUUGACUGCAUGCACUGGGAGUGGAAAAACUGUCCUAAAGCAUGGGAAGCUGAUGGUAUCUAUCCUUCUUAUCCAACUUUCGUCAAAACGAUUAGACUUCCUCAAAGUGAACCCGAUAAGUUAUUUGCAAAAGUUCAGGAGGGAUGUCGGAAGGACAUCGAACGUGCAUUUGGAGUUCUUCAAGCUCGUUUUAAAAUCAUUCGUGAACCAGCUCGCUUGUGGGACAUAGAUGAUUUGAGUAUCAUUAUGAGGUCAUGCAUCAUAUUACAUAAUAUGAUUGUUGAUGAUGAACGAGAUAAAUAUUUGCAACGUUGGACCGAUUUUGAGCAAUAUGGGGAAAUUGAAUCUAGUAUAAUGAACAAGAAAGAAAAUCAAAUUAAGUAA